AUGUCAGAAGGAGAGAGCAAGGACAGUGUGGGCAGUGAGUGCCCUGUGUGCUAUGAGAAGUUUCGGGACCUAGAGGGAGCCAGCCGGACCCUGAGCUGUGGCCAUGUCUUCUGCCAUGACUGCCUUGUCAAAUACCUGCUCUCCUGCAAAGUGGAUGGGCAGAUCCAAAGGACCAUCAUCUGUCCUAUCUGCCGCUAUGUCACCUUCCUCAGUAAAAAGAGCUCCCGUUGGCCCUCUUUGUCAUCGGAAAAGAGCCCCCAGACCUUGGCAGUCCUGUGGGUCCGGAUAACCCUACCCUCUCUGGAUGCCUUGGCCACCAACCCUGUCACUAUUCCCCAUCCUCUCUGGGUUCCUUCUCAGAGUCAGACAAGGGUCUCACCCCAAAGCCCUUCAUUUCCCAGGGCUCUGCUACCUAGCCUAGGCCGAGAGCCCCAGAUCUUUAUCAUCAGUCGACAUGUGCCACUAGGGGAGGAGGACAGUGUCCUGCGGCAGAGCCUAGCUGACCUCUCAGAGGCAUCCCCAGCACGAAGCUCUUUCUGCACACGUUGCUGCCGUUCUCGAGUAAUGCUGCUGAUAACUCUCAUCACGAUAGUGGCUGUGGUAGCCACUAUCCUGCCCUGGGUCCUACUGGUGAGGAAGGAGGCAUGA